GAGCAUACUACAUGGUAAAAUAGACAAGAGUAGUUUCCCUUAGACAACACACUGGACCUUCGUGAUGGAAGAGGACGAGCUUCUUGCCUUAAAGUCUAUCUACUGUUUGCCUGGAGAGCUGAAAAUCGUACAUGGGGACAAAAAGGACACCCAAGUGACAGUCCAGCUUCAUCGAGAUGGUGUAGAUGUGAAGGUUGUGCUGGACAUCACACCAUCCUACCCCAACACACCUCCAGAUGUGUCCAUUCUCAGUGCAGCCAUCGACAGACGUUCGUCCAAAACACUGCGGGACACUGCCAAUCAGCAUGCCAUGGACAAUACUGGCAGUCCCAUGUUAAUUGAGUUGAUAUCUUUACUUCAAGACAAACUGUCGAUGUUGUCGCUACAUCCGACUGAUGAUGCGUGUGGCUCCAUGAGGAGGCAGGAGCCGGGGAGGGUGACACUGAUGCUUCAUCUGGAUCACAUGAGGGCCAAGUCUCAGUAUGUUAAAACUAUCAGGAGGUGGACAGCCGAGCUCGGCUUGGAUGGAAGACUGGUGUUCUGGAACAGACUCAUUCUGAUCCUGCUGCAAGGAAGCCCAUCCAGUUUGAAGGAGUACAUGGUUCGUCACAAGUCUGUCAACAUUGAUGUCGAUUCCCGCGGCCAUCCCUGCAAGGAGAAGAUGAUGUCUGUGUUGUGUGAGACAUCGCUGCCAGCAAAUGCUAGAUUUGAAGAUUUCUCAGUUGUUGAAUGUGAAUCAUUGAAGGAGGUGAAGACAUUGUUUGAUGAGCACAGGAUGGAAGGGCUGUAUGUUAACUAUGUACAGACAAUAAAAGGUUUUACGUAACAAAAAA